AUGAGCAAGCCAAAGAUUGGGAUCAAUGGAUUCGGCCGUAUUGGUCGCUUGGUCGCUCGUGCAGCAAUUGAGAAAGAUACGUGUGAAGUUGUUGCAGUGAAUGAUCCGUUCAUCAACAUCGAUUAUAUGGUCUACAUGUUCAAAUAUGACUCCACACAUGGCCGGUUCAAGGGAGAUAUUCAUGCCGAAAAUGGAAAACUUGUUAUUUCUAUGCCUGGCAAAUCUACCUACCACAUUGCUGUUCACAACUCGAAAGAUCCCGCAGAAAUUCCGUGGGGAACUGAUGGAGCACAGUAUGUCGUAGAAUCUACUGGUGUUUUCACGACUGUAGAGAAAGCUAGUGCUCACUUGAAGGGUGGUGCGAAGAAAGUUAUCAUCUCAGCACCCUCAGCUGAUGCACCAAUGUUCGUUAUGGGAGUUAACCAGGAGAAAUACGAUGCUGCCAACAACCACAUUAUUUCCAAUGCAUCAUGCACGACCAACUGUUUGGCACCUUUGGCAAAAGUUAUCCAUGACAAAUUUGGUAUCAUCGAGGGUCUAAUGACGACAGUACACGCAACGACUGCAACUCAGAAGACUGUUGAUGGACCAUCAGGAAAACAGUGGAGAGAUGGUCGUGGUGCUUCUCAGAACAUUAUUCCAGCUAGCACUGGUGCAGCUAAAGCUGUUGGCAAGGUCAUUCCCGAACUGAAUGGUAAACUGACCGGCAUGGCUUUCCGCGUACCAACACCUGACGUUUCAGUUGUUGAUCUCACUGCUCGCCUUGAGAAGGCAGCAACUAUGGAUGAUAUUAAGGCUGCUAUCAAAGCUGCGGCUGAGGGACCAUUGAAGGGCAUUCUUGCGUACACUGAGGAUCAGGUUGUUUCGACUGACUUCGUUGGUGACCACCACUCUUCAAUCUUCGAUGCUGGUGCAUGCAUCUCUCUAAACCCACACUUUGUUAAGCUGAUCUCGUGGUAUGAUAAUGAAUUCGGUUACAGCUGCCGUGUUGUUGACCUCAUCAAUUACAUUCAUGGCAAAAAUUAA